UAUAUAGAGAGCCGGGCAAGGAGAAUUCAGCAUUCGCCUUAGACAUUCCUUUUUUUUUUGCUGAUUUUCAGUAAGCUCUUGGAACACUUUACAAGUAUUAAAGCUCUUGGAAUACUUUACAGCACUACAAUGAACACCAUUACUGUUAUAGCUCUGGUAAUUUUCGUUUCUUCUUGCACUGCCACAUACAAUGGAAAUAGCUUGAUAAUCAAGCACGAUCCAUCUUAUGCCUAUCCAAAUCCAUUGUAUGUCCCUCCUCAUAGUCCUCAUGGCACAAGUGUCCGGUACGAUAUCCGGUACAAUCCUCUGAAAUUCGGGUUCUCAGCACCAGUUGCUCCAUUGACUGUUUAUUCCGUCGCUCAGGAUUAUCCUGCUCACCAUCCGGUAGCAGCUGCUAAAGUACCUACCCAUAUUAUAGGGUUACCUACAGCCCAUUCUGUUGGAGUACCUGCAGCUUAUGUCCAAUCCUAUUCCCCCGUUCACGCACAGAGCUUUAUAGGACGCCAUUUUGAGCCAGCAUAUCAUCAUUGACGAGACAUUACAGGAAACUGACGUUCAUUGUCAAAUUGACAACUAUACAAGCAGAUGUUCCAUGAAAGCCAAAUGCAUAAUUACCUGUAUUAUAUAUAUAUGGAUAUAUUUUUAUUUAUACAUAAUAAUAAUUUCUGUAACUUAUGACGAAAAGGUAAAUAAAAUUGGUUUCAA